CGGUGCCGCAUCCUUGUCGCCGCCGCCGCUGUCGCCCCUCACGGUCGCCCCUCGCCCAGCUCCGCCGCCACUAUGAUCGGGCAGAAGACGCUGCACUCCUUCUUCAGCGCCGCGCCGGCCAAGAAGCGCUGCCGCUCCCCGGAGGCGGACGGGGAUGAGGAGGUCAGCGCCGUCAAGAAGGCGAAGGCGGUGGGAGAUGAGGCCGGGGCGGGCUCGCCGCUCAGCCCCGAGCAGCUGGAGCGGAUCCGCAAGAACAAAGAGGCGGCGCGGCAGCGGCUGGCCGAGCGCAACGUGCCCCCGGGCUUCGGGGAGAGCUGGCGGCGGCAGCUGGCCGGGGAGUUCUCGAAACCGUACUUCGUGGAGCUGAUGGCGUUUGUAGCAGAGGAGAGGAAACGCUACACGGUCUACCCACCCCCUGACCAAGUCUUCACCUGGACGCAGAUGUGCGACAUCAGGGAUGUAAAGGUUGUCAUUCUGGGGCAAGAUCCAUAUCAUGGACCCAAUCAAGCUCAUGGGCUCUGUUUCAGUGUCCAGAAGCCUGUUCCACCUCCACCCAGUUUGGAAAAUAUUUACAAAGAACUGUCUACAGAUAUCGAGGACUUCACUCAUCCUGGUCACGGUGAUCUGACUGGCUGGGCCAAGCAAGGAGUGCUCCUGCUCAACGCUGUCCUGACGGUGCGGGCUCACCAGGCCACCUCCCACAAGGAGCGAGGUUGGGAGCAGUUCACGGACGUGGUGGUGUCCUGGCUCAACAAGAACUUGCACGGGGUUGUCUUCAUGCUGUGGGGAGCCUACGCCCAGAGGAAAGGCAGCUCCAUUGACAGGAAACGCCACCACGUCCUGCAGACGGUUCAUCCCUCGCCCCUCUCUGUCAACAGAGGGUUUUUCGGCUGUCGCCAUUUCUCCAAGACAAAUGAAUUGCUCAAGAAAUCCGGCAAGAAGCCCAUUGACUGGAGAGCGCUCUGAGCUGCGGGGCAGAGGCUGCAGGGUCUAAUGGUUGGAAACAGCCCCUCUUUCAGGGGUUGUUUAGUUUCUGAAAAACUUUUGCUGACCUGAGAAUCACUCUUUGGAUUUUCAUCAAGGAACAAAUAACCAAACUUUCAGAGAUGUUAUAUUUUUUUAUUUUAUUUUUUUUUAAAGAGUAGAUUGACGUGUUACGUGGAGAACUUCUCUGCUGUUUGAACAGGUCUCAGCCUAGUUUGAAGCAAAAAAAAAAAAGAAAAAAUUCUAUAAUUCUAUAUUAAUUUGUGUGUGUUUAUUGCAAAGGGAAUGUAUUUUCAGGCUCUUGUGAAGGGCUGUCAGUUCUUACAGGUGAAGCUGUUCAGCUGUUGUAAAUAUCCUACUGCCCCUCCUCUGGCUUCUUCGCCUCUUACUGUGCAAAUCCAGAUUUUUAUAUUUGGGGGUGUGGAGGUGACUUCAUAGGAGAAAAGGCAGAUGCUUUUUAUUUUAGCCUUUUGCUGCAGAUUAGGAGUUUUAUUAGAAAUAUGGCCUCUUGAGACUGUAAAGACCUUAUGCUGUCAGAAUAGUUACUUGGUGUAUCUGUACUGUCAAGAUUUUGCGGUAAAUUUCCCCCAAACUGCCAAGGGGAGACUGUGACCAAGGCUCUGUUUGUGCUCUGAGGUUUUUGUCGGCAUUUAGAGAGGAAACCCAUAAUUUUUGAGAUUCUUACUGGGUGUAUUAAUUGCUUGGAUGACAGGUGGAGUGUGAGCACCAUCAACUUUGUGGUAGAUGCUGAUGGUGGCAGUGAAGGUUUGUUGCAUCAAGAUCUGCCAACUGAUGGGCUGAUGGUUGUGAAUUAUUUAAGAUCUUAAAAGAACUUAAAACAGAGGGAGGUUUGUGCCUUCAUAGGAGCAAAUCGAGGUUUCUGGCCAGUGUUGAAGAUGACUGUUGGGACUUCCAGGAUGAAGGCAGAGUUGGCACUUUGCAUUUCUGGGUUUCCAGUUCAUCUUUGACUUUGUAAUUCCUUUAAUGGAAGUAAAGUGCCUUCUUCAUUGGGAAAUUACUUUAGUUUUUAUAGAACAAUGCUGUAAACCUUUCUUUGAUACUUCCUCUGAUAGGUAACACUAGUACAAGUGAAGUUUACACUUUCUGUGGCUGUAUUGUGGGUUUUUCCUCCCAGUUUGUUGUUUGUUUUUGUUUUGUUUUGUUUGUUUUUAAAUAAAAUUGACUUUGUGUA